AACUGACAAAAUAAAACGAUUAGCUAAUGUAGAUCGAGUACGGAAAAGUAAAUAGCUGUAAAAUGAUGGUACAAGACAACCUGUCUUUCAAUUAUUGUGGGCCUGUGGGGGGAACCAGCCUGAAAAUUUGAUGAGGAUAAAGCUUGUCUUUUGGAAAAUCCUAAACAUUCACACCUAAAAGAAAAAAAAAAAAAAAGAAACUCACAAGAGAAAGAGAGAGAUGGAUGUUUCAGGAGGUCUUACUUUGGUGCAAUUUGUCGUUGAAAAACUGGGUUCUCCCAUUUGGACCCAAAUUGAAGCUGUGUUGGGUUUGGAAUCUGAGCUUGACAAACUCAGAGAAACCAUGUCCACUAUUGAGGCUGUGCUCCUUGAUGCUGAAGUUGUAGAGCGGCUGCACCAAGCUUGUCGCACCAAUGUCGAGCGUAACAAGCUCAAGAGGCUUAAGGAAGCUCUUUACCGAGCCGAUGACUUGUUGGAUGAGAUUACCACUCUUGCUCAUCUCAAGAAGCUCAUGCCUUGUAAUAACAACAAGGUUUGUAAUGAGGUAUGCCUUUUCUUCUCCCGCUCUAAUCAGUUUCGUUUUGCUUCCAAUUGGUCUCGAGAGAUGAAAAAGAUAUCGGAGAUGUUGGAUAGAAUUGUCAAUGAUCAUCGAUAUGACAUUGGUUCUGCUGGUUUCGAUGCGGCUAAUCAGAUGAGAAUUAACGCAAGGGAAACUCAUUCCUAUGUGUGCGAGGAUGAUGUGUUCGUUGGGAGGGAGGAAGACAAGCGGAAAGUGAUAGAUAUGUUACUCAACAAUACUGUUGAGCAGCAGGAUGGUUUAGUUGUCAGCAUUGUUGGGAUUGGAGGCUUGGGGAAAACUACUCUGGCCCAACAGCUUUAUAAUGAUCAGAUGAUUGUCAAGAAAUUCCCUCAGAGGAAGUGGGUUUGUGUCUCUGAUGCUUUUGAUGUCAAAGUUAUUGUUGGUCAAAUCCUUGCAGCUGUAAAUUCAGGAAUCGACCAAGAUAGGCUGAAUUUGGACCAGCUCCAGACGAAACUUCGGAAAGAAAUGGAUGGGAAGAAGUAUUUUCUUGUUUUAGAUGACGUAUGGAAUGAGGAAUCCAGUAAGUGGCUUCAGUUGAGAAAUGUAUUGAUUGGAGGUGAAAGGGUCAGCAGAAUUUUAGUGACAACUCGCUCCAGAAUGGUAGCUGAUGUUGUGGGAAGUCAUUGGACGCAUGAAUUGGAAGGUCUCUCAGAUGAUGAAUCUUUGGAUUUGUUUAAGAAAAUUGCACUUAAACCGGAGGAAAAUCCAGUGAAGCAACAAUUAGUUGAUAUAGGAAAAGAGAUUGUUCGAAAGUGUGCAAAUGUUCCACUUGCCAUUAGGGUGGUCGGAAGUCUUCUUCGAGGUCAGGAGGAAAGUAAGUGGGAGAAUUUGAAAAAUACUGAUUUGGCAAACAUUGUACAAGAUGAGAGCAAUGGCAUAAUACCUGUGUUGAAGAUCAGUUACAAUUAUCUUCCGUUCCAUUUGAAGAGUUGCUUCAGUUACUGUGCAGUAUUCCCAAAGGAUUACAAGAUUAUCAAGGAGGAUUUGAUUUGUCUUUGGAUGGCUCAAGGCUUCAUUAUGCCGUCAGAUGCAGAGAGUUUUGAAGAUGUUGGGGAGGAGUAUUUCAAGCAGUUAUUGCAAAGGUGCUUCUUUCAAGAUGUAGAACGGGCAGAAGGUACUAAGGAAAUUAUAUCAUGCAAAAUGCAUGAUCUAAUUCAUGAUCUUGCCAAAGAAGUGGCAGGGACAGACAUAUUGUCGUGCACUUAUAGUACACGAUGUUUUAACGAGAAAACCCGCCAUGUAUACAUGGAUGAAAGUACCCCUAAAGAUGUUGUUGGUAAGUUGAGGAAUAUGCAAAGGAUGCGUACAUUUCUAUGUACAGGGGAUCGUGUUUUCUCUUUAAUACCUAUUUUGGGGGAUGUAUCAAAAGUAAAAUAUUUAAGGGUAUUAUGUUUGAAUUAUUGUUAUGGAUUACAAAAGUUGCCGAGCGGGAUAGGUGAAUGGGUGCAUCUAAGGUAUCUUGACCUUUCAGGUAAUGUGCAUCUAUGUGUAUUGCCCUCAUCCAUUACCAAGCUUUAUAACUUGCAAACAUUAAAGUUGCGUGGGUGUAGGCAUCUAAAAAGGUUGCCAAGGGAGUUGAGGAAAUUAGUUAAUCUUAGGCACCUUGAUAUUUGUGGUUGCUGGAGUUUAACUUGUAUGCCUCCUGGGAUGAACAGCAUGGCUUCUCUGCGAAACUUGACAGGGUUUGUAGUGAGUGGAAGUGCAACAAGCAAUGCAGCUUGGAGUUGGAGGUCAACUGAUGUUGGUCAGCUUGAAGAUUUAAAUGAUUUCACCAAUUACACUCACACUAUGGAGAUUGUAGUUAAAAAAGACGUGAGAUGCGAUGCAGUAGGAGGGGGAAUGCUAUUCAAAAGUCCAAAAUUGUGGAAAGUUGAGUACAAUUGGGACACAAAGGAGAAUACUAAUGCAGAAGUAUUGCUGAAAGGCCUACAACCCCACUCGAAUCUCAGAGAGUUAAAGUUGCUGCAUUAUCCAGGAGUGAGGCUCCCAACCUGGAUGAUGACUCUCAGUUGUUGUCUUCCAAAUCUUGCUGAAAUUGAGAUUCGUGAUUGUGAAGUGGAGUAUAUGGAGAGUAGUAGUAUUAAUAGUGGAGAUGAUGAUGAGUCGGUAUUCUUUCCAUCCCUUGAAAAGCUGAAGCUUGAAAACAUGCCAAAGUUGAAGGGAUGGUGGAAGCCAUCAUCAUCAGAAUCAGGGGAGAGUGAUCGGAUACCACAAGCACCAGUGCUUUCUCACCUUAAUGUAUCUGGUUGUCCAAAUUUGACAACAUUAUUUCUGGGCGCAUCAAUGAAUCUCAAAAGUUGUCUUCCAAAUAUUGCUAAAAUUGAGAUUUGUGAUUGUAAAAGGUUGGAGCAUCUUCCGUUGAUGAGUCAACUGCGUCAUUUGAAAGACCUUGCAUUGAAAGGUUUGAGUGAAGUGGAGUAUAUGGAGAGUAGUAGUAUUAAUAGUGGAGAUGAUGAUGAGUUGGUAUUCUUUCCAUCCCUUGAAAACCUGAAGCUUAAAAACAUGCCAAAGUUGAAGGGAUGGUGGAAGUCAUCAUCGGAAUCAGAGGAGAGUGAGACACCGCAUGCACCAAAACUUUCUCGUCUUGAUAUAUAUGGAUGUCCAGAAUUGACAACAGUUCCUUUGUUUCCGGGACUACAAGAAUUGUACUUAGAAGAUUUUAAUGAAGCGCUGGGCCCAAUAAUGAGGGAGACUACUCAUGGUUUGUCGUCUUCCUCAGUUUCUAAUAAUAAUCAUAAAGAGGAUCAAGGUCGGCAGGGAAAAUUGAGGGAAGUGAAGACAGAUAACGUGGGAUAUUUAACUUCUCUUCCCAUCCACUCUUUCCACUAUCUUUCGUAUCUCUGGAUUGGAAAUGACCAUCAAAUGGAGGAAUUGAAAACAGGAGAGGUGGGUGAGGUGUUCCGAAGCGGCCGCCUGUCCUCUCUUCGCUCCCUUGCAAUUCUGGAUUGCAAAAAUUUGAAGAGUAUAUCAGGACGAGGAGUGUGGGACCAAUUCACUGGCCUGGAGAGUCUAUCAUUGGAUUUACUUCCUCAGUUGGAAUUGGAGGAUGAAGAUGAUGUCAUCAACAACAAAAGCACAGAAGCAGAGAUGCCAUGGAGAUACCUUGCUCCCACUCUCCGUUCCUUGUUUUUAUAUUGUCUACCAAAGGUGGUGAAGCUGCCAGGGGGGAUUGGAUGCUUAUCGUCUCUCCAUUCCCUGGAGAUUGAGGAGUGCGACAAUUUGGAAAGCCUAACACCAUCAAUAGGCGGCUUAUCAUCUCUCCAUUCCCUAAGGAUUAUCGAUUGCAACAAUUUGGAAAGCCUAACACCAUCAAUAGGCGGCUUAUCAUCUCUCCAAUCCCUGACUAUUGAUCGUUGUUCAAAAUUGAAAAGAAUGCCAGAAGAGAUGCGCCACCUCACCUCGUUAACCGAGCUUCGUAUAAGGAGAUGUAGUCCAGUGUUAAUGAAGGAAUGCAAGAACAAGAAUGGUGCUAACUGGUCCAAUAUCCAACAUAUCCCCAACAUUAAACUAGAUUUACUCUAAAAUCAGCGCCCGAAGAAUUCAUUUACUCAAUGUUCGUUUAUAUAUAACUCAACUGGUCAAAGGUAAUAAUGUCUACCCAUAUUAUUCAAACUUGGAUUUCAAUUUUUGGGUUCAUAGCAUAUGAUCCUUGUCAAUUAUCAUGUUAGUAUUACCAUUUUAGUAGUUUUGGUCACGCAUACACGAAAAGUUUCAUUGUUUUCACUGUUGACUAUUGUAAUUGAUACAACCAUUUUUUCAUGAUUAAUCUUCUGAGAGAAGUGAUAAAUGCUAUAGAUGUAUACCCUUGUACACAAAACUAAGUAGAUGAUUAGAUCGAAUUAGAAUAUAUCUGAAAAUUCAGACUAUAUUAGACCAGAUUUCUUAUGGUCAAAUAUUUGAAGUUUCAGAUAUAUUGAUUAAAAAUUAUGAGAAUCAGAUAUUUGGAUAACACACUUUUAAGACAUUUAGCAGUCACUUAUGGAUUUUAAUAUAAUGAAGCUUAUGCUGGCUGGUUACCAGAAUACGGGUUAUAUUAUAUGUGUGGGUUUUGGCUGUCUAGUUUAAUUUCACCAUGUAUAGGUGUUUGUGUAUAUACGUGUUUAUUUAUGAUAUUGUGCAAAACGGAAUAGUUAUGAAGCAAGGGGAGAUGGAUAUUACCUCAUGCUUGCUAAUCUUGGCUUUAGAUUGUUAUUGCCAUUAUCUAUCUUGACAACAUCACAACCCUUAAUAUUAACUCCUUGAUGAAAAGUACAAGUUGCUAAUUGCUGCUGUAAGUAUACUCUGAUUUAACUCAUAAGUAGAAUCAAUAGUAUUGCUAUUUAAUUUUUUAAACUAUACCUUUGGAAAAUUGGCAUGCUUUGUUUUUUAUGAUGGUCAAUCCAUCUUUUUCUAUGAGAUGAGCACAUCCUAUUGUUAUUAACAAGGUUGAUAAUUAAUAUGUAUAUCACUACUGAUUUUGCUAGAUGAUGCAUACUCCUCCUGAUGAUAUCUGCCAUUUUUUCUAGUUUGAUUUAGUUCAUUAGUGUGCGUUGAAAUUAAAUGUCCUGGUCCGGUCCUAUGGCUCAAUCCAUGGAACUUUAAUACAUAGUUAUAUUGUUCAACCUCAAAAGUAGGUUCUGAUGCUGCUUGCUUCAUAUAUCAUACUGUCAUGAUUUUUCUAGCUGACAGGAUUCAUAUAGUGUAGAAUAGGAGUUUUGCCGAAUUUCUACUAGACCAGGAUUGUUGCUUAAAUCGCAAUCAAAGAGUAGCUUAAAUGAGAUGAGAGCAUAACAAGGGAAGGAUGAUUCUUGGAUUCCAGUCACUGGGAUCUCCAGUUUGUGAAAUUCGAUGCUGCUAGAUUUAGCACUACAGCUCUACCAUUGAUCCACUUAUCUAGUAUUUAUAUCACAUGGGCUAAAAGGUUUCAGAGCAGGGAAGGAAAAGUGUUAGGAAGACAAAUGAGUCUAGAAGCCUAGUGUUUAUGGAUUAAUGCUUCCCAAAAGACGGUCUAAAGCUGGAAAUCAGGAUUCAUAAAUGAAGACAUGCAUUUAUUUUGAAAAGUUCAUCAUUCCAUGAUAAGUAGUUUGUUCCUGUUUCAUUUGUACUUUCCUUUUUAGUUCUGAAGUUGCAAUCUGUUAGGUAUUCAAAUUAAACAUUUCAAAAUUGAACCAUUUUAAGUUUUGUCAAGCUAUAUGUACUGGUAAAUUACGUAACAUGUUUAUUGUUUCUUCCUAUUGUGUAAGCACUAUGCGAUUGCAUACAGCUUGCUCUAAUAUAGGUGAAUCUGAGAAUUUAGGUUAGCCGAUGAAGAUUUCCUGAAGAAAUGGCCACUUCAUCAAGCUUCAGGGGAGUCGGCUUUUAAAAGGGGAAGAGUUGCUUGUAACACUAGAGGGCACAGCAUGAGAAAGAUUAUCUCUUGAAGUGUUUGACUUGAAGGAGACUCAAUAUAAUACUCCAGAUUCCAGAAGAUCGCUUCGUUCAAGUAUUAUCAGUUGUCAAUUAGAAGGGCUGUGAACUUAACAUUAAAAGUUCCGUGGUUCUCAUCUUGGUGUUUCGCGUGAUAUUUCCUGAUACCAGUUGGUACCAGAGAAAGGUUUUAACGUGAAGAGGACUUCAAUGCUGCUUUGAUGAACUGAUUAUCGGAAACUCCCCGUACAACCACUCUGAAGUUAGGCAGAUUUCCAAUGUCAGAAUAUCAACAUCUUUUCUUUUACUUAGCAAGUUGUGAAAGGUUCCUUGGGGAAAGAAUACAUUCGUUGGAUGCUCUGGUUCCAGAAAUCACAUGUGGCUACAAUGCUACAUACACCUGGGAAAUGGUUUAACAAGAGAAGGUGCUCUAUCAGAACAUGUGAUAUAUAUUGCAGCAGCUACAGGCUUUGUUGCUCUUAAUAUAUUUGGAAGGCUACAAAUUACAUGAUUUCCUGUCAAAAAUAUCUUUUAUUGUACUCUAUAGAAGUAUAAGAAUAAAAGUCGACUAAACAAUGUUUUAGGGAAUAAACCCUACAGAGUUGUAGUAUUUAUAGAGGCGGCGUAAUUGGCUUAAGGGUAUUUGAGGAGAACCCUACCUAGUAGGUGGCUCUUUUUCCCUUGAGCUCUAGAGUUGUAAAAAUAUUUCUCUUCACCUGUUUUACUUUGCAAAUGAGUAGCCUAUGUUAUACAUAUGUUCUCUUUAA